AUGGCUACUAUGCCCUCUAAACCGAUUGAGGGAAGUCACAUCCGUCCCAUCGCAAGCAUUCACAAUGGGUUAAGGUCAACUUUUGCCUAUAAGAACCAUCCAAUUCCAAGACUUGUGUUUGCAGAAACUGCAAAGAAAACCCAUUCUCUGUCUCUCUCUGUCUCUUGCUCGUCUUGGCCCGAAAAUUCUCUUGAUCCUCACAUAAUUUCCAGUCGGAUGUCCAGCUUCAACUUGGCAGAGAAGUUCUUGCCUGCUAAGAAGGCGUGGAAGAGCUUCACCAACACCCUCCAAUCCAAACUCCACAAGCUCAACAUCUCCAAAACCAUAAAAAAAACCACACACCAAUUAGUUUCUCUGCGCCCCAUUCGCCUCCGCCGCCUUCUUCCCCGAAAACUACGUGCCCUCGCGCAACGUUCUUCCACUUAUCGCCACCAUAUCCACCGCUACCACGACAGCCACCAACUCCGAAACAGCUUUGCCGCCAUACAUGUGGACGAGCUCUUUCCAGAGCCCCCCGAAACGCAUUCCAAAGAAAUGGCUGCAUCAAGCAACAGUGACACUAAGGCCAAAGAUAUGGUCAAGGUGUUUGAUAAAAAGCCCCAACCAAGAACGAGAAAAGUUGGUGAGACCAGUACAAAUGCUGUUGCUGAUCAUGAUGCAUGGAAGAUGUCAUUUUUGCGACAGUUUCGAGGGGUUGAUGAGAGGGCCGAGGAAUUCAUUGCCAAAUUCCGGGAGGAGAUGACACUUCAGAGGGAGCAAUCUAUUCUUGAUUUUCAGGACAUGUUGGCUCGUAGUGCUUAGCAAGUGAUAUGCGUUUAGCAGAAAUUUUCAAGCUAACCAUCCUCAGAGUCCGUAAUAGUGAGAGUCUCAUGUGUUGGUUAUGCCCUUUAAGAAGGAAUUUGAAGACUGGGUAUUUAUAUUGAGUGGUGUUUCUUCUUCCAAUUUUUUCCAAAGGAUAGUAGAAAACACAAUGAUUUUUUUACGUGGGUGUGAUGAUGUAUAGGAAUUGUAAGUUGUGUGGAUUGUUUGUGCAUUUUUAAUGGGUGUGGUUAUCUAUUGGCAUCAUUUGCUGAGUGUUUAUAUAUACAUGGAUUGUCAAGGUUGAUCAGAUGGAUUUUUCAUG